UGCAGGUCGAACUGUGGAAGUCAUUCACAGAAAAGAGACACUGCACAGGAGACCUACACAAAGCGGAGAUUGCGGUUUAUGCGUUGCGUUUUAUGUACGGUAGAGUUUACUCCAGAGGAAGAACACCAGAAGGCUACAGAAGGAUUUCUACCUGAUUCAGCAAUAGUCCUGUAUCCUCAAAGAUGACAUGCUCGUGAUGCCUCUGUGCAUUCCAGAGGCCCACCUUGGCAGCUAGAGGAGAGGUCGGCCUCCGUCACCAUGACAGUGUUGCCACGGGCCGUGGCUUCCCUGGCUGUGCCCGGCCUUAUCCUCUGUUUCAUCACUCUUCCGUUUCCUGCUAUACUAUCCCAGAGGCCCCCUCUCCCCACAGAACCCUCCCCCACCCCAGCACCCCACACAAGGCCGGAGUGUACCCGCCUAGAGCACCCCUUCAUCUCUAUUCAAGCUCUAAGUCCUUUGAUCUCCAGUUUCAACCAUCCUGGUGUAAGGGACUACUCUCAGCUGACCCUUGACCUAUCCAGGAAUGAACUUAUAGUGGGAGCCAGAAACUACCUCUUCCGACUGAAUCUAAACAACAUUUCACUAAUUCAGGCAACUGCAUGGGGCCCAGACGAAGACACCAGGAGGUCCUGUCAAAGCAAAGGGAAGACGGAGGUGGAGUGUCAAAACUACAUUCGAGUGUUGCUUGUCAACAAAACAGAGGUGAUCACCUGUGGUACCAAUGCCUUCCAGCCCCUUUGCAUCACCAGAGAGGCAGGGAACAUGAGCAGAGUGUUGGAGAGGGUGAAUGGAGUGGCCCGCUGUCCUUAUGACCCCCGUCAUAAUUCGACGGCUGUGGUGACCGAAAGCGGAGAGCUGUUCGCUGCCACGGUCAUCGAUUUCUCUGGCCGGGAUCCUGUAAUCUACCGCAGCCUAGGAGGAAUGCCACCGCUGCGGACCGCCCAGUACAACUCCAAAUGGCUUAAUGAGCCUCACUUCAUCUCGGCUUACGACGUGGGUCUUUUCACCUUCUUCUUCUUGAGGGAAAACGCAGUGGAACACGACUGUGGUAAGACAGUGUACUCACGGGUGGCGCGGGUGUGUAAGAAUGACAUAGGAGGACGCUUCUUGCUGGAAGACACGUGGACCACCUUCACAAAGGCACGACUCAACUGCUCACGGUCGGGAGAGAUCCCGUUCUACUACAAUGAACUACAGAGCACCUUCUACAUGCCUGAACAGGACCUCAUCUAUGGCAUCUUCACCACCAACGUGAACAGCAUUGCAGCCUCUGCAGUUUGUGCAUACAACCUCAGCGCUAUCACGCAGGCUUUCAACGGGCCCUUUCGCUCCCAGGAGAACCCUCGCUCCACGUGGCUGCCCACCCCAAACCCCAUCCCUAACUUCCAGUGUGGGACCAUAGAGGAAGAAGGGCCUAAUGAAGGACUAACUGAACGCAGUCUGCAGGACGCCCAGCGGCUUUACCUCAUGAAUGACGUGGUUCAGCCUGUUUCUGUCGACCCGCUGGUUUGGCAGGAUGAUGUGCGGUUCUCUAAGUUGGUUGUUGACAUUGUACAGGGGCAGGAUACUUUGCACCACGUCAUGUACAUAGGCACAGAAUAUGGAACUAUUCUUAAGGCCCUGGCAACCACAAAUAAGAGCCUGCAAGGUUGCUACUUGGAGGAGAUGCAGCUCUUCCCUCCUGGUCUGCGGGAGCCAAUCCUGAGCCUUCAGAUUCUCCAUGGCGACAGGACUCUUUUUGUGGGCCUGAAUGACAAAGUGCUGAAGAUCCCUCUGGCGAGAUGCUCCAGCUACAAAACAGAAUCGAUGUGUUUGGAUGCAAGGGACCCUUACUGUGGUUGGGACCGAAAGCAGCGCCGUUGCACCACCAUAGAGGACAGCUCCAACAUGAGCCAGUGGUUCCAGAACAUCACUGCCUGUCCGCUGAGGAACCAAACCACAGAUGGUGCGUACGGGCCCUGGGCUCCAUGGCAACCCUGCAGCCACAAUGAUGGUGAAGGCACCAGUACAUGUCUUUGCCGAUCGCGGGCAUGCGAUAGUCCAACACCUCGCUGUGGAGGAAAAAACUGUGAGGGGCCGACUAUUGAGGUGUCCAACUGCUCAAGGAAUGGAGGUUGGACACCCUGGUCGUCCUGGGGCCAGUGCAGCACAAGCUGUGAGAUUGGGUUUGAAGUCCGCCAGCGAUCCUGUAACAAUCCUUCGCCCAGGCAUGGCGGCCGAGUGUGUGUGGGGCAAAGCAGAGAACAGAGAUUCUGCAAUGAGAAGAUGUCGUGCCCUCAGCUCAUCUUUUGGUCAUCAUGGUCACCCUGGUCCAAGUGCAGCUCAGAAUGUGGGGGAGGGGUGCACUCUCGCUCCAGGAACUGUGAGAAUGGAAAUAGCUGUCCAGGAUGUGCGCUGGAGUACCAGGCAUGUAAUCUGGAGUCCUGUCCGGAGGUGCGCCGAAACACCCCAUGGACCCCUUGGGUGCCAGUGAAUAUAACCCAGGGAGGGGCUCGGCAAGAGCAAAGAGUUCGCUACAUCUGCCGGGCCCAACUGGCUGACCCUCAUGAGCUUCAACUGGGCAAGCGUAAAGUUGAGACACGCUUCUGCCCUAAUGACGGGACGGUAACUUGUGAAACAGACUCUCUAGUUGAGCAGCUUCUCAAGACGCCUGGUGUGCGACUGACAGGCUCUGGCUGGUCAUCGUGGGAGAUGUGGUCAGCUUGCACUCAGGACUGUGCCAAAGGCUACCGCAGUCGCAAACGCACCUGCACCAGCACAGAGGGCAAAAGCCUUCCCGCCGCCUGCCGGGGAUCUCCAGUAGAAUAUCAGGACUGCAAUCCUCAGCCCUGUCCAGUUAACGGUGCCUGGUCUUGCUGGUCAUCAUGGUCGCAGUGCUCAGUGCCCUGUGGAGGUGGGCACUACCAACGAACACGCACAUGCACCAACCCCGUCCCUGCCAAUGGAGGGGACAUCUGCAUCGGCUUGCACACAGAGGAGGCUCUUUGCAACACACACACCUGUGAUGGUGGGUGGUUGGCUUGGUCGGUGUGGUCUGAGUGCAAUGACUCGGGCCUGCAGCUGCGCAGUCGAGUGUGCGGGGCUCAAUUCACACCAUGUGUGGGAAACAGCUCCCAGCAACGAGACUGCAAUGAGAUCCCAGCCAUUCUUCCAGCAUCUAGUUAUGAGAAGGACCAGCAGUGUUGGGGGUUCACUCUGCUUCACCUGAUAGCUACAGGAGUGUCAUGUUUCCUGGGUGCUGGUCUGCUGUCCUUCUUGGUGUACGUGUACUGUCAGCGGUUCCACAAGCCCUCGCAGGAGUCUGCCGUCAUCCACCCCACCACUCCCAACCACCUCAACUACAAGGGCAACACCACACCAAAGAAUGAGAAAUACACACCCAUGGAGUUCAAGACUCUGAAUAAGAACAAUUUGCUGCCAGAUGAGAGAACCAACUACUUCCCUUCACCGCUUCAGCAGACAAACGUGUACACCACCACGUACUACCCUACAGCGCUGGGCAAAUAUGACUACCGGCCAGAAUCCUCACCGUCUCCUUGCAGAACCUAUAACCACAGCUGAGACACGUGUCCCAUCCAUAGCUUUAUCACCAUGGUGACAAGGCCGCCUGGAUUUCCCUAAAACCCUCCAACAUUGUUCCAACAUUCCAGCUGAUUUUUUCCCUAAGAUCUCGCCCCUGAGGGCCGCGUCAUGCCUUUCGGUGUCAAAUGGGGGGAAAGUCCAGUGAUUCAAACAGCACUUUUUAAAGAUUGUGUAGCUACACUGGCUUUGAUAAACUGAUGUCUUGAUUGAUCGCUGCAGAACUCAGACGCUCACAAGGUGGGAAGACAAAAUUGCGCUGACAUCCCGUACCACUCCAACAAUAUCCUUUACAGGAAAUGCAAUCUGCCACACUGUGGCAGUUCUUUUUGAAACUACAGAAGAAGAAUAGACGGACACCAGACAAAAGAGAGAAAUCAAUGGUGACAUUAUUAGGUUUGGUCAGAAUGGCAGAAUUGUGUUACCUUUGGAUGUAAAUGUAAGGCUGUCCCACUGGCUUCCAACCUUUGAGGGGCACAUCUCUGACAAAAGAGGAUGGGUUGCAGGAUCAAUGCAUCUCCUGGUUGAAUCGGAACCAAGCUGCAGAAAAAAGAACAUCUUAAAAUAGGAUGCUAUUCAGAACGGACUCUUAUCGGCAAUGAAACAUAGAUUUUCAGCGCAUUAAAAGGCCAGAGGAAUACGUCAUUAUUUCCCUGAAAAGUCAAAA